AUGGCGCCUCCUACUGAUUGCCUAAAGUUAAAUUUCGAUGGAAGUUCAUUGGGAAAUUCAAGUGUUGCAGGUAUUGGUGGGGUGGUGCGUGACUCUACUGCCAGUAUCAUUUUUUCCUUCGCUGGCCUGAUUGGAGUUAGAAUAGCCAACUAUGCUGAGCUUAGUGCCUUGCUAUGUGGGGUUAAAGUGCUAGUUGAUAAAUUUUCGGGUUGUUCUUGUAUCUUUGAAGGGGACUCCUUAAAUGUUGUUAAAUGGUGUAAAAAGGAACAACGCUUACCCUGGGAACUUCAUGGCCUUUGGCUGCAAGUCAUGGAUAUAGUUGAAAUAAUCUCUGUUUCAUUUGUCCAUGUUUUUAGGGAAGCUAAUGCUCUGGCGGAUUCUUUGGCGAAAAGUGGGGCUCAUUUAUCUUCUCUUGUUGUUUCGAAUGAUGUAAUAUCUCUCCCUACUCAGCAAUAA